UAUGCUCUUCUCUGCAGCAGAACCUUACCUGUUCCUUGGUCCAGAGCUGUACAGUCUUCCGGCAUCGGCAUCUUUAGUGUGGGCACCUGGCUGUGACAGAAGCGCUGCACUUUGUCCACAGUCUCCGGUCAUCUCCUGUACUGUGUCCGCAGUCUCCGGUCAUCUCCUGUACUGUGUCCGCAGUCUCCGGUCAUCUCCUGUACUGUGUCCGCAGUCUCCGGUCAUCUCCUGUACUGUGUCCGCAGUCUCCGGUCAUCUCCUGUACUGUGUCCGCAGUCUCCGGUCAUCUCCUGUACUGUGUCCGCAGUCUCCGGUCAUCUCCUGUACUGUGUCCGCAGUCUCCGGUCAUCUCCUGUACUGUGUCCGCAGUCUCCGGUCAUCUCCUGUACUGUGUCUGCAGUCUCCGGUCAUCUCCUGUACUGUGUCUGCAGUCUCCGGUCAUCUCCUGUACUGUGUCCGCAGUCUCUGGUCACCUCCUGUAGUACAUCCACAGUCUCCGGUCAUCUCCUGUACUGUGUCCGCAGUCUCUGGUCAUCUCCUGUACUGUGUCCGCAGUCUCUGGUCAUCUCCUGUAAAAAGUCUGCAGUCUCUGGUCAUCUCCUGUAGUACGUCUGCAGUGUCUGGUCAUCUCCUG